CACUAGGGGACUUUGCCAUCAGGAUGUCAUCUUCUCCCUCUCCGCCGCCAUCCGCAUCGAGGAUGCGGCUCCGCGUGGAUAUCGGGAAGGAUCCUGUCUCGUCCAGGCGCCUUCUGGUGCCUGUCGACGGCUCGAGCACGGUCGCGGAGCUAACGAGGGCCGUGGAAGACCGAGAGCUUAAGCGUCGCAAGACGACCGGGGAGGCAAGCAUCCAUAUUGGAGAAAUUCAGCUGCGGGUGCAAGACGGGUUGUGCGAGGUAGACCCUGACGACGUCCUCUCAGACUUGGUUGCCAACGAUAGCCAGGAUGCUGUGUUCGUGGCGAUCUGCAGCGAGAGCGGUGCCGGGGCUAGCGGACAAGAGCCCUCAUCCGCGACGGGCAGCCGGAGUCCUCGUGUUGCGAGUACAAAUGCUGUUUUCGCUCCUCCUGUUAGCGUAGCAGCUGCUGCGGAAUCAUCGCCCGGCCAGAAAGCCGGCGGCAACGCUUCCCAAGGUUCCGGUACUGCUGUAGCCCUCACCCCGCGCGGUGGUCAUAACGGGACUACUGCUAGCGCUGUGGGCGUGGCUCCUCCACAUUCGUCGGUGUUGUCGUCAUCGCCCCCGCCGUCGUCGAUGCCGUCGGGGACGCCCGCGGCGCCGAACCUCACCAGGACAAAGCUGGCGCCGAUCGCCCCGAUCGUCACCCCGGCCCUGUCGGUGCACAGGAAGGCCCAGUCCGCCGCGGCCGCCGCGGCCGCUGCCGCCGCCGCCGCCGCCGCCGCCGCCGCCGCCGCUCCAGGAGCAGGAGGUGCCGCAGCUCACGGAGCUGGGGCGCUGCCGAAGAUCUCAACUUCCGAUGGUGGCGGUAGCUCGGCGCCGGCGCCUGGAAUCCUCGGGUACCCGCCUAGCCGGACGUCCCCCCAAGGGCGGCCUACCGGCAUGAUCGCGUCUUUGAUGAUGGGCGGAGACCCGCGCGCGAAGGCGGUAGCGUCGUCGCCGUCGUCGUCGGCGGCGACGGCGGCGUCCGCCGUGGCGGAUGCCGCGGCGGUGACGAAGGCAGCGGCCGCGGCAGUGGCGGUCGCGAAUCAGCAGGCAACGCCGGCUGCGGCGGCGGCGGCGGCGGCCGCCGCAACGACAGCCACCACAGUGACCAUUCACCACGGGCCGGCGCAACCUCCGGCGCCGAUGACGGUGUACCCGCGUCUGGCUCCCGCGCCCAGCAGCGGCAACCGGCGGUCGAUGAAGCGAGCCUGGCACACGUGCGCCCCCGACAUCAUCACGUCGGUGCCACCCCCCGGCGCCGUCCCCGCCGCCCCGUGGUCGGCGGUCUCCUCGCCGCCGCCGCAGACCGUGGCCGAGAGAGCGGCCGCUUCGGCCAGGAUGCAGCAGCAGCAGUGGCAGCGGGUCGCGGACCACGAGCGCCCCACGGAGGCGGAGGCGGCGACGGCCGCGAGAGCGGCAGCGGCGGCGAUGGCGGCGGCGAAGGUCCAGGUCCUCGGAGCCCCGUGGCAAGGCAGCAGCGGCGGCAGCGGAGGCCCCGGCGGGAGGCGGCACCCUUCGGACCACCGCGCGGCUGCGGCGGCUGCGGCGGCGGCUCUCGCCGGACUGGGCGGCGGCCAGUGGGGCGGGGCAACGGGGCUGUUACUGCAGCAGCAACAGCAGCAGCAGCAACAGCAGCAGCAGCAACAGCAGCAGCAGCAGCAGCAGCAGCAGCAGAAACAGCAGGGGUACAACAACCAGCAGCAGGCUGUUCCCCCCCCGGCGGUGGGAACGGAGGCCGGACAGAACGGCACCCCAGAUUCCACUUCCACUCCUUCGUCGGCGGAGCCGGCGGCGCAGCCGGAGGGUGCGGCCCCCGCCCCGGCGGCUGCAUCCUCCGCUGCUGCCGCUGCCGCGGCCGGCAAGCCUGCCGGGGGUGCGUCCAAGUCGAGGACCCCGGCCGAGAAGAUGAUGGCCGCGGCGGCAGUGAUGAACGCCUCCGUGGCGGAGGCGAUUGAGGCCGCCAACGCGGCGGCGGCGUCCAUCGCAGCCUCGACAACCAACACCGGUGGUGACGGCAGAACAGGCCAGCAGCAACAGGAGUCUGCCGUAGACGCCGUGAGCGGCGGCGGUUCAUCGGCUGGAGCGGCGAACGGGUUUCAAUCGUCACCGAUGAGUGGCACAGCUGGCGCUGGAAGCGUUUCCCAUGGUCCUAGCGGCAUCCCCAUUACUCACGGGGCGCCGCCGCCUGCGCCCGCUGCCGGUGGCGGUGGCAGUGGCGGCGGCGGCGGCAGCGGCGGCGGCGGCAGCGGAGGUCCGCGAUUCCAUCCUCCGGUCCGCCAGUGGCAGGCCGCGGAGAAGCUAGUCCUCACCGCCUUCCAGCUGCAGGUGAGCGAGCCGCUGGCCCAGCAAGAGGAAGCAAAGGCGUUCCUGACUGGCCUGGCCAAGGCCGCGGGGGAGCCGCCGGGCCCCGUUAUCGCUCUUGUCCGCGCCGUGGUUCAGCCUGCCCCGUGGGGCUCGGGCUACCUGGUGGCGAGCCGGCGGCAGCUGACCAACCUCUGCCAGAGCAACGGCACGCCUACGGGGUUCGACUGCCUCACCAGGUAUCUCCUUGGCAACCGCUACCCUCAACCGACUGGGCCGGGGUCUAGCAGCCGGGUCGGGCCGGGUUCGAACCGCGUGGACACUCCGCGGGUCCGGAAGUGCUUCUCGGCCCUUGCCGCUCAGGUGGGGAACCACCCGGACCGCGGGCAGCUGGACUACCACGCCCUCGGCGUCGGCAGGUGCGUCUUCACGCUCCGGAGGGCCCGCGUCGCGGCCCUGGCCGCCAGGCUGGCACCGCCCCAGUCGCCGCCGCCGCCGCGGCCACACCCGGCCGCGGUGGCCUACCACAGCAACAUCCCUACCAGGCUGUCGCCUCCGCCCGCCGCCGCGGCUUACAUCAACAUCGCUCCUACUUCCCCCCCCGCCCCUCCCGCCGGGGUCGAUGCUGACGGCGGCGGUGGUGCCACCGAGGAGGACAUCGACGUGGUUGCCGAAGAGGCCGGCGACGGCGGCGGCAGCGGUGCGUCGAUUCUGCCGCCGUUCGGGGCGGCGGCGGCGGCGGCGUCCAGAGCCGUGAGCACCAUUCAGCAGCAGCAGCAGACAGCGGCAGCGGCGGCGGCGAUGGCGAUGGCGGCAACGACCGCUCCCCCGCAGGUAGUGCCGCACCCGGCGGCGGCGGCGGCCGUGGGGGUCGACAGCGCUCCUCCCUCCGCCACCGCCGCUGCCGCCGCCGUCGCCGCCACCAGCGGGGCCGCCGCUCCCCUUCCGGCCACGGCGGCGAUGGCAAUGACGACGCCUUCCAUGCCUCAUAUGGGCAAGGAAGGCUCUAAUGGCACCACCCCAGUGGGUGCGGAAGGUAGGGGCGUCGGGGGCGGGUGCGUUGUCCGUGCCGUUUCCAAGCCUAGCAACGGGACUCCGCUUUUGCCUGGGUUCGGUAAUUCGGGCAGCAACAGCGGCGGCGGCAGCGGCGGCAGCGGCGGGAGCGCGGGGAGCAAGACUGCUUCGAGCGGGGUGGCGGAGCGAGUUGGUGGCGUUUCUAAGAGUUAACUUUUCUUGUCUGCGUGUAUGCAUGCACAUUACUACUGUAGGAGUGCGUGGGGCACCUCAAGACCUUUUCCCUCGCCGACGCACUCAGUUCGAGUCGUUCUGAGGAGCGAUCCGCACACCGGUGUAAAGGUAGUACGUUUAAUUGCGCACUGCAAUAGUGUCUGCGAGUCGGCUGUGGCUUGAGAUAUGGAGAGUGUGUUUUCUCACGUGAAUGUGUUUCAUCUAAGGGAUGGGGGUAGGGGAAGCAGGGAGUGGACGGUCCAAGGGAACCGUGCUAGCAGCACUGAAGACGGAGGAUGGGUUGAAUGAAGAGGCCUGUGUAGCUACUAUUCGCUGGGAGAUGGCCGUCCAAUUUGGCGGACUGACUAGUUUUAUUCUUUUGUCUUGUAAUGCCAAGUCGUGUGCAUUAAUGCCCCGCUCUACACGGGCUCUUCUGAUUGUUGCUUUGUCUCCUUACAAUACGUUCCCUUGUGCAAGGAACACAUUAUUUGGUCAUUUUGGGGGGUUGAAUGUUGGGAAUAUAGAGCGUAGCGAUUCGUUCGUAGCUUUUUUUAUGUUGGCGCGGUGUUGUUAGUAAGCUCUCUGCGUGCCCUCGUGUUGCCCUGCUACCGUAAAUUGUGUAUAUGCAUAGGAGCCUCGAGAAGUGCUCCCUCUAGCCUCUGUCGCGCAAGCUCAAGCCCCAGUAGCUGUUUUCGAAAUUGCAACUACUUCUGGCGGUAACCUUAAACGCGGGGUUGAGAGGUCGGGCUUGCUUCGAAUGUCUCUGUACAGGUAGACGAGCCGGCAGCAAAAUGGCGACUGGCGUUGUGUCGAGAUGUGCGGGGGGAGCUUCGAGGCAGGCAGGCAGGUAGGCAGGCAGAGAAAGCAGCGUGGUCUGCUUGAUUGAGCACUUCGCAUGUGUGGCGCCUCUCUGAUUAACACUGGACAUGCGUCAGGCUUAGGGCGCGAUGGAAAGUGACGUGCCAUGUUUUGUGCCCGCGCGGUAAACUUUCUAUGGCGUGUGAUGCUGCUCGCGUUGACAAGCUCGGGCACACGGUGUCGCGCGGGCCUAGAUACCUCUACUAGCUGGGGUUGCAUUCAUUUGUGGGUUCGGAAUUCCCAUUUACCUGUAUCAAGUGUCGAGGUCGUUGCUGCUCUUCCUUUUUGUGGCGCGUUCACUUGUGUAUCGGACGAAUAUCCGCCUUAGCAGUAGCAGUAGAAAGCGUUAUGUAUGAGAGUUCAUUUAGGUCAUUGUGAAAGGAAGUCAUGAUUCGUUCUCGAAAUAAGACAUGGAAAAGAGGAGAGGCAUGAGCAGUAAUAGACAAAAUCUCCGUACGAUCGAGCUCUUCAAUUGAAGAGGUAAACGUCGGCACGGUAUGUAGAACCCAAAUGGUCAAUGAACGGGAUGUCGACAAAAUGG